AUGGUUUCAAGUGGUGCAUUGCUUUCUGCUUAUUCACCCACGUCUCAUCUGAUUGACAAAGAUGCGCCCUCAUCAUCGUCAUUAUUUCAAGAAGAGCUUGAAAUAGCAAGAUCGAUGAGGAAUGCAAAAAUAAUAGACCAUGAUUGUGAACCGGCUAACAAUCGAGACUGCGUGACAUUAAACGUAUUCUACCCGAUAGAUGCUGAUUCUCAUUCAAAUAUGAUUCAUAUCGAUGUACCAGAUACGCAAACUCUAGUCGAAAAAUCUGAUGGAACUUCCAAAUAUGUCGCAUACAACAUUUAUAUCAAUGGAUGGUUUCAUUCGAGGGUCCGUUUUAGCCAUCUUCUAGAAUUUGCCGACAUCUUGAAGCAUAAAUUUGGUCACAAGUACAAAGGUCCCGAGUUUCCGCCGAAAAAGCUGCUUAAGUUAGACUCUAAAGCUGUUGACGAACGUCGCCAGAAAAUUUGCAAAUAUUUUCAAGCAGUCGUGCAGCAUCCCGAAAUUGCCCGUCAUUAUUACGUCGAAAAAAAGUUUCUGGAUUUCCAAAUUGACUCAUUCCGCGCAACAAGUAACUAUGUCACAAUUGACGUUUUCUUAGGGGAUGGCGAGAAAAUUCUUAUCAAGUGCAACAUUUCCGACAGCACUAAUGACGUUAUGAAAAUGAUCGCGGAGAAACUGGGAUUUUCGAAUUCUGACAAGUUCAUCUGGAACUUCGGAUUGUUUAUGGGUCGCACACGAGACAAUUCCACACCAACAUACUCAAUAUCUCCAGACAAUUUUGACCCUAUAGUGAUCCGUCUUUUGAAGAACUUUGAAGCUCCAUAUAUAUCGUUGAGCACUUCUAACCAAAGGUUCGCAGCUGACGGAGUUUACCAUAUAUUAGUUAUUAGAAAACUGAUUUGGGAUCCACGAGCCGAAGAGCCACUUCUUGAUGAUCGCUUAUUUGUGAAUCUACUUUAUCGACAAGCCAGUCAGGACUACAGAAAUGGUCAUAUUACUGGAGUUAAAGAUGAGGCAGAGGUCAAGUUGAGAACGAUCAUCGAGAAAGGAGAGAGAAGCGAUGAAGCUAUGUUUAUACGUUCGUGUCAUUUGAUUCCAUCCUACUCGUAUGAGAUUCUUUCGGACUGUAUCAGCGAUUUCCCAAGGCCAAAUACUCGCGCUGGGGUGAAGUUCGGACGUCGUCAAAUGGUUUUGACCUAUAAAGACGAAAACGGAAAACGUGCUCAAAGCAUUUUCCGAGCCACAAGAAUCCGCAUCUGGAGAAUCACGCAAGUGCUCGAAAAAGUUUCGUUCCAAUUUGAAUAUUUAAUGGCGAGAGAUAGCUUUGAGUGGAUUACGUUGCAAACUGAUCAAGCCAUUCUCAUGUCUCAACUUCUCCAAUCAAUUGGUGCCGAAAUCUUAUACGAGCACAACAGUCUUUCGGUCGAGCAACAGAUUUUGAAGGAAAAAUCAUCUAAGGGAAUGCUUGUUGAAAAAGACGAGUCAGAGAUCGUGCCGAGAGACCCAAAGAAGCCGAUCAUAGUUUUGAAAAAUGCGGUUGAAGGAAACAAUCCGUUGGAUGCAUUAAAGAACAUCCAAUCGGCUAGAAAAAUGAAGACUACCAUAUCGGAAGAAAUUCCCCAGAAAAAUGAAGCCUUCUCAAAUAUCACGGACGAAGAUUUGUAA